AUGCUUCGAACAGGCGAACCUUCAGCUCUUCAUCGCGAAGAUCCCUCAAAGAAUUCUUUCCUGCUCCUGACGGUGUCCACAUCAAGAAAACGCUUCCAGCAUGGCAUCAUCCAGUGUCCGUAUACAGAAGAGCAGAUGAAACAAAUCCAAGUUGCUCAUCGCGAGACAAAGACUUGGAAGGACUGGAUAGCGGUCGGUGCGGUGCGGCUGCUUCGGUUCGGCGCAGACACCGCAAUGGGCUACAGUCACCCGACCGAAGAAGCCAAACAGAAAGGUAGCUGGCUUGGGCUCCAGAAACUCAAAAGCUGGGUCGGGCCAUCGCCAAUGACGGAGCGAAAGUGGCUGGUUCGCUGCCUUUUCCUUGAGAGCGUUGCCGGUGUACCAGGUAUGGUGGCUGGAAGCGUGCGGCAUCUGCAUAGUCUGAGGAGGCUCAAUCGAGAUAAUGGCUGGAUCGAGACCCUUCUUGAAGAGGCCUACAACGAACGGAUGCACCUAUUGACUUUUAUGAAGAUGGCUGAGCCUGGUUGGUUCAUGAAGACCAUGAUCAUUGGAGCUCAAGGCGUCUUCUACAACGGCUUUUUCUUGUCGUAUCUUAUCGCUCCCACAAUCUGCCACCGCUUCGUCGGCUAUCUUGAAGAAGAGGCAGUCUUGACCUAUACGCGGAUGAUCAACGAGCUGGAAGCUGGCAAGCUGCCUAAGUGGGAGAGAAUGCAGGCACCUGAUAUUGCCAUCAGCUAUUAUAAUAUGCCAGAAGGAGCGAGGAAUAUCAAGGACAUGCUCUAUUAUAUUCGAGCAGAUGAAGCCAAGCAUCGCGAAGUCAAUCACACGUUGAGCAAUCUCGAGCAAAAGAAAGACCCGAAUCCAUUCGUGAGCGAUUAUGGUGAUAGCGCAACUCCUCACCCAUCAAAAGGAAUUGAAUCGAUCAAGCAGACUGGUUGGGAACGAGAAGAUGUUGUCUAA